AUGGUGGACGAGCUUGUUCUGCUGCUACACGCGCUGCUGAUGCGGCACCGGGCCCUGAGCAUCGAGAACAGCCAGCUGAUGGAGCAGCUGCGGCUGCUGGUGUGCGAGAGAGCCAGUCUGCUGCGCCAGGUACGUCCGCCCAGCUGCCCGGUGCCCUUCCCCGAGACGUUUAGCGGCGAGAGCGCCCGGCUUCCCGAGUUUAUCGUGCAAACGACGUCCUAUAUGCUUGUCAACGAGAACCGAUUCUGCAAUGACGCCAUGAAGGUAGCCUUCCUAAUCAGCCUCCUCACCGGGGAAGCAGAAGAGUGGGUGGUUCCCUACAUCGAGAUGGAUAGCCCGAUCCUAGGGGAUUACCGGGCCUUCCUCGAUGAGAUGAAGCAGUGUUUCGGCUGGGACGACGAUGAAGACGAGGACGAGGAGGGAGACGAGUAUUACUAG